UUCUCCUCCACUCGUGAGGUCGUGCCUGACUGCUCGGCCGGCCCCGCCCGUUUGGCCAGAUACAACGCUCCAGGUACACCGGUGCCAGCUGCCCCCAAGCAGAGGUGUCAUCUGACCAGCACGCCUCACCUCGCCGGCCAGCCGCCGCACUCCUCCUCCAUUCCUUUUAUAAUCAAACAUCUGCAGCCCCCGUGCUCACUUCACUUCCGAUUGCGGAGCAACAAAUACGAGAGAGAAGCGCACCAACUCCCCAACCACCGUAAUCCAGACAGGCAGGAGGGAAGGAUGGCCGCGGCGACCGUCGACGGCAGCGCGCUCGCGGGCCGGGCGCUGGCGGCCGCCGGCGCGCGCCACAUGUUCGGCGUGGUGGGCAUCCCCGUCACCUCCCUCGCCUCCCGCGCCGCCGCCGCGGGGGUCCGCUUCCUCGCCUUCCGCAACGAGCAGUCCGCGGGCUACGCCGCCGCCGCCUACGGCUUCCUCACCGGCACCCCGGGCCUCCUCCUCACCGUCUCCGGCCCAGGGUGCGUCCACGGGUCGCUGGGCGUCUCCCACGCCACCGCCAACGCCUGGCCGCUCCUCAUGGUCUCCGGUUCCUGCGACCAGGCCGACGCCGGCAGGGGCGACUUCCAGGAGCUCGACCAGAUCGCCGCCACCAAGCCCUUCGCCAAGUUCGCCGUCAAGGCCACCACCAUCGCCGACAUCCCGCGCCUCGUAUUCCAGGCCCUCGCCGCCGCAACCUCCGGCCGCCCUGGCGGCUGCUACCUCGACAUCCCCUCCGACGUCCUCCACCAAACCAUCCCUGAAUCCGAGGCCGCGGAUCUCAUAGCCUCCGCCGCCGCCGAGUCAGCCGCGUCCAAUCCUUCCCCGCCCAAGCAAAAGUCCCUGGAUGAGGGCAUCGAGAAAGCUGCCGACCUGCUCCGCCGUGCGGAGCGGCCUCUUGUCGUGAUUGGGAAGGGCGCGGCGUACGCGCGCGCGGAGGAAGCCAUCCAGAAGCUGGUGGACACCACGGGCAUCCCCUUCCUCCCGACGCCCAUGGGGAAGGGGGUCGUGCCUGACUCGCAUCCGCUCUCCGCCACGGCGGCGCGCUCGCUCGCCAUCGGCCAGUGCGAUGUGGCUCUGGUCGUCGGUGCCAGGCUGAAUUGGUUGCUUCACUUUGGCGAGCCGCCCAAGUGGUCCAAGGAUGUCAAGUUCAUACUCGUGGACGUCUGUGAGGAGGAGAUUGAGCUCCGGAAGCCACAUGUGGGGAUUGUUGGGGAUGCCAAGAGGGUAGUUGAGCUGAUCAAUAGGGAGAUCAAAGACAAUCCAUUCUGCUUGGCAAGGUCGCACCCGUGGGUUGAAGCCAUCACCAAGAAGGCCAAGGACAAUGUUCUUAAGAUGGAGGCACAGCUAGCGAAGGAUGUUGUGCCGUUCAAUUUCAUGACACCACUGCGGAUAAUCAGGGAUGCGAUCCUUGCCGAGGGGAGCCCUGCUCCGGUGGUGGUCUCGGAAGGGGCAAACACCAUGGAUGUUGGCAGGGCGGUGCUUGUGCAGAAUGAACCAAGGACAAGGCUGGAUGCAGGGACAUGGGGGACGAUGGGGGUCGGAUUGGGGUAUUGUAUUGCAGCUGCAGUAGCCGAACCCGAACGACUUGUGGUUGCUGUGGAGGGUGACUCCGGAUUCGGAUUCAGUGCAAUGGAGGUUGAGACGUUGGUGAGGUACCAGCUGCCUGUUGUCGUAAUUGUUUUCAACAACAACGGCGUCUACGGCGGUGACCGGAGGGGCCCUGAUGAGAUAACUGGACCCUACAAAGAUGACCCUGCCCCAACUUCUUUUGUCCCAGCAGCAGGCUACGAUAAAAUGAUGGAAGCGUUUGGAGGAAAAGGCUAUCUUGUGAAAACACCAGACGAGCUUAAAUCUGCCCUUUCGGAAUCGUUCCGCGCCAGGAAACCAGCAGUCAUCAAUUGUAUCAUUGAUCCUUACGCCGGCGCAGAGAGCGGCCGGAUGCAGCACAAGAACUGAGUGAGGGUGUUUGUACCAUAUCAUAGCGAGAUGUGCAGAUGCGACUGAAUAAGCAACGUCCUCCAGCGUCCAGCCAUUUUCAAAAUCUUUUCUUUGUUUUGCAUCCAGGUGUGACUGUGAGAUGCUCUGUAAACUUAGCUCAACGGUUGGAUUUGAACCGGGUAUUCGCGGAAUGUAGCUUCAUGUUAUCCAUUUAAAAAGACAGUUUGUAGACCGGUAUGUUCCUUUUGUUUUCACUUACAAUGUAAUGAGGAGUAAGCUGUAAAAGGGUCAACAUUACUGCCAUGGCUUAAUUUGGCAUUUCAAGAUGUGACACUGUAUGUAUACUUAAUGACAGAAUACCUUUUGAUGAAAUGAAAGAAAGGGCUCCGGAUAUCUGAUA